UUCCUGAAAUAGAUGUUUGAUGUACAUAUCCAGCAGCUUCGACUAUGAAUUUGUAGAACUAUAUCAAUUCUCUUAAGAGGCUACUCUAAUUGAAUUGUGCCACGUCCACUAAUCUUUUGCUUUCUGUACCUUUGUACGGAUUCUUGGUUUUCUGACAUUCCACGGUUGCGCCUUCCCAACAUGGUGCACUGGAUGCUACUUUCCCUCAAUCUUCCGUUCUCCCAUUUAUCCUCCUAACAAUUGAUAGAUCCACCAGACGAAACCACCAAUUCCAUCUUCUUACGUUCUUAACGUUUUUAUUAACUCACUGGAAUAAAACAGGUCGUCAGUCAAACAAUGAAUCCACGAUUAUCUCCAUCAAGUCCGUUCUCGCCUACCCGGCCUUCGAGACUGAUCCUACACCAAUGCUCUCUGAGCGAAGCUCAAACGCAACUUCGAGUGUCCCCCGGGAAAUUACGACUCUACGCAUCAGAAACAGGCAACAACGCAGAAAAGAACGAGCACAAUGAAACGGACAAAUAUCGAACUUCUAGCAAUACCUACAACACCCCACACAAAGCACCUGGUCUCUCCAUCAGCAAAUGCUUCUCUCACGAUGCGAAUGAACAAUCAAGUGCUCGUAGCACACCAUCACCUGCUAGCAGCCCUACGAAUCGCUUCUGGUCUGACCUCGGUUCAUGGCAAGAUAGGGAUAAAGUUGCUUCAGAGACAACAAGCAACCUGAAGCCAGUCUGGUUAGAGGAAGACAGCUACGACAGUCACAGCCUCAACAGCAUUCCAGAAUUAUGGAAGCCGCCAAAGCCACGAAAACCGUCGUUUCUCACUUCUUCCGGCUCGGCUGUUUUUGAUAAUACGCCAAAUCCUUCCGAGAAUGCCCAGUACCCUACAUACACUAGCCUGGGCGGGGAGAAGGACCAGCAGGAUACGAAAUCAUCAUUUCAUGGUCCGCAAUUCUCGUUGUCUUCCGGCGUUUAUAAACCUAGCAAAAUCUGUUUGAAUGUUAAUCAUGCGAGAAGGAAGCAAUGGAAUACCAAGAAUGAGAUGUAUCGAGGACAAGCAAGAAAGAUUAUUUGGCGUCCUUCGCUACGACCUGCUCUGUAUCGUGCUCCUGCAGAGACUUACCAGCUACCGGUUGAUGAUCCGGAAAGACCUUUUCCAAUGCCUAUACCUACAAUGGACAAGUUGCCGCUUCAUUGGGAGAGUUUAAAGUAUCGGUCAUUAGAUGGUCAAGAGAUGGACAGGAGUGAUAAGCGUGAUGAGAAUUUGACUCUACAUCUCAGUAAGAAGGUUUUCGAACUUGCCUUGGUUACUUUCUCGCUAGAUGAGUUUGAGCAUUCUGGUCAAACGUCGGAGUCUAACUCUCUGUUUCGAGUGGGGUUUCGGUUGUCGGUAUCACCACUCAAUGCAAAUUCUCCAAUUAAUGAGCGAGGGGUCAUUGACGAUGCUGUCAAUCUAUUACGGCUGAGUUUUGCUGUACCGGCAUUAUUGCUACGCGCCAUCUCCUUAAUUGUCAUUACCGCCCAGAGUCUGAGAUCUUCGAAAGUCCUCACAACAAUUGUCAGAUUCAUCACGGCACUUUUGAUUUUGUUUGUUAUCACGAUCGUAUGGAUGUGUGACAAGGUUCGUUUAGGCACGGUUUCCGGGUGGAAGGCAAUCCGGAAAAUUGAUGGUUUUGACACGAAGUGACAAGGUGAGGUUUAUAUACAGUUAUAUCGCGAGAUUAUUCUACGGCUCUUCGUAUGAGGCUCUGGUGGACUAGAACAAUGCUGCAUUAAAUCGAGAUUAUAGACUUCAGAAAAAAUGAUAUAUUCAUUACUAUAUUCCAUACAUUCAUCUUUGCCCACCAGGGCAUAUGGCAGAAAUGUUAUAACAGGAAGCAGACAAUAAAAACA